CGGCUGGGGGGGCGGGGGCGGGCGCGGCCGCCAUGGCGAGCGUGCACGAGAGCCUCUACUUCAACCCCAUGAUGACCAACGGCGUGGUGCAUGCCAACGUGUUCGGCAUCAAGGACUGGGUGACGCCCUACAAGAUCGCCGUGCUCGUGCUGCUGAGCGAGAUGGGCCGCGCCGGCGGCUCCGCCAUCGGCCUGCUGGAGCGGCGGCGCCUCAACCAGCUCCUGCUGCCGCUGCUGCAGGGGCCCGAUAUGACAUUGACGCGGCUACAUAAGGCAAUUGAUGAGUCCUGUCCACAGUUGGCAAAUUCAGUUCAAAUCAGAAUCAAGCUGAUGGCUGAGGGGGAGCUGAAGGACAUGGAGCAGUUCUUUGAUGACCUUUCAGAUUCCUUCUCUGGAGCUGACCCCGAGGUCCACAAAACGAGUGUCGUAGGUUUAUUUCUGCGUCACAUGAUCUUGGCCUACAAUAAGCUUUCGUUCAGUCAGGUGUACAAGUUGUACACGUCCCUGCAGGAGUACUUCCAGAAUGCUGAAAGAAAGGCGGCUGCGGAAGAGGCAGAGAUGGACAUGACCGGCCCCGAGGGGCAGCUCGCAGGGACGAUGGAAAGGGAAGAGCUGGAUGUGCCUUCAAGAGAGGAGGAGAUCUCUUGCAGUGGGCCUCUUUCCCAGAAACAAGCUGAAUAUUUUCUUUCCCAACAGGCCUCCUUAUUAAAGAAUGAUGAGACAAAAGCUCUCACUCCAGCUUCUUUACAGAAAGAAUUGAAUAACUUGUUGAAAUUUAAUCCUGAUUUUGCUGAAGCGCAUUACUUAAGCUACCUAAACAGUCUUCGGGUCCAAGAUGUUUUCAGUUCUACGCACAGUCUUCUCCAUUAUUUUGACCGCCUGAUUCUCACUGGAGCAGAGAGCAAAAGCAAUGGGGACGAAGGUUAUGGGCGAAGCUUGAGAUACGCCGCUCUCAAUCUGGCUGCCUUGCACUGCCGAUUUGGUCACUACCAACAGGCAGAGCUGGCCCUGCAAGAAGCAAUCAGGAUCGCCCAGGAGUCCAAUGACCACGUGUGUCUUCAGCACUGCUUGAGCUGGCUGUAUGUCUUGGAGCAGAAGAGAUCAGAUAGCUGUGUCCUGCUGGAGCAUUCGGUGAAGAAGGCUGUGCAUUUUGGGUUACCGUAUUUAGCAUCCCUUGGGAUCCAGUCCUUGGUGCAGCAAAGAGCUUUUGCGGGGAAGACGGCAAACAAACUGAUGGACGCCCUCAAGGACUCGGACCUGCUGCACUGGAAGCACAGCCUGUCAGAGCUCAUUGACAUCAGCAUUGCUCAGAAAACCGCCAUCUGGAGGCUCUACGGGCGCAGCACCAUGGCUCUCCAGCAGGCCCAGACGCUGCUUAGCAUGAACAGCUUGGAGGCCUUGAACCUAGGCGUGCAGCAGAACAACACCGAGUCGUUUGCAGUGGUGCUCUGUCACCUGGCUGAGCUGCAUGCAGAGCAGGGCUGUUUGGCGGCUGCUUCUGAGGUAUUGGAACACCUAAAAGAAAGGUUCCCACCGAACAGUCAGCAUGCACAGUUGUGGAUGCUCUGUGAGCAGAAAAUACAGUUUGGAAGAGCUAUGAACGAUGGCAAAUACCAUGUGGCAGAUUCUCUUGUAACAGGAAUUACGGCUCUUAACAGCAUCGAGGGCGUGUAUAGGAAGGCCAUUGUGUUGCAAGCCCAGAAGCAGAUGUCUGAGGCUCACAAGCUUUUGCAGAAGUUGUUGGUGCACUGUCAGAAGAUGAAGAACACAGAAAUGAUGAUUAGUGUUCUGCUGGCCGUGGCGGAGCUGUACUGGAGGUCCUCGUGUCACACCAUCGCCCUACCAGUCCUGCUGCAGGCCUUGGCUCUGGCCAGGGAAUACCGGCUGCAGUACCUGGCCUCGGAGACCGUGCUGAGCUUGGCUUUUUCCCAGCUUAUCCUUGGAAUUCCUGAGCAGGCCUUGAACAUCCUACACACAGCCAUCGAGCCUAUCUUAGCAGAUGGGGCUGUGCUGGACAAAGGGCGUGCUAUGUUUCUGGUGGCCAAGUGCCAAGUUGCUUCUGCUGCUUCCUAUGAUCCCCAGAAGAAAGUAGAAGCUUGGGAGUCGGCCAUCCUGAACCUAAAUGAAGCCAAGAAUUACUUUGCAAAAGUGGAUUGCAAAGAGCAGAUCAGAGACGUUCUUUACUUCCAGGCCAGGCUCUACCACAUGCUGGGCAGAGCCCAGGAGAGGAACAGAUGUGCCAUGCUCUUUCGUCAGUUACACCAGGAGCUUCCGUCUCAUGGGGUGCCCUUGGUCAACCACCUCUAGCUCAGGGCUGGCCCUGUCCGGCCUGGUUGGCGGUGUUUUUCCUCCUCACCUUUUCAAUGAUGUAUUUUUUUGUGCAAUCAUUUGUGUCUUACUGGAAUCCACUUAUCAAUAAAAGGACUGCCUUUAGUUUAGCUCAUUCCCUUUCAUCUUGUUGCUGGAAAGUAGAUCUAGGGCUUCUUUCUUCCUUCCCUCCUUCCAUCCCUCCAGACUGUGAUGGCAGAGAUUAUUGUUGUUGGGGUUUUUUGUUGUUGUUAAAUAUUGGCUGCAUUAGCAAAGAAUUGGAAGUGGCAGAGAUUGCAUUCUUUCUAAGCCUGAUUCCCCGCAUCCCCGCACCCCGCAUGUUGGGAAUUGUUCACACCUGCAUAAAUGACUUCGUUGGUUGAUUCUCCCCUGUUCUGGGAGAAAGCCCAGGGAGAGGAAGAUGGGAAGAAAGGGAGUGAAACCCAGCUAAAAUAUAGCUUCAAGAGACAAGAUGUCUCAGAGGAAAUGAUGGAAAUGCCUUCAGCGGACAGGGAAGAGGCAGGAAGCCAAGAGGGAAAAUGAGGGAUUGCCAACUAAAAAAACCAUGGAGAAGAGGGGGCAGGAGUGUGAGGAGAGGGGCAGAACGGAAGAACCAGAACACAUAAUCCAGAAUUUGGAAAUAUCCUAACCGGUUGUUAAGAAGAAGAAUACAAGGUUAGUUGUAAUUGAGUGUAAGCUUCCUGAGGGCAGGGACUCUGUUUAUUUAUAUCAUCAGGAGCUGUCCCAGUGUCUGAAAUCAUAUGAUUAAAAAUGCUUAUUGA